AUGGAGAAAUUAUUGACGGAUCGCCGGACCUUCAAUAAUCGAGCUGAAGGUGAGGUCAAGUAUAUCAACAAAUAUGCUGUAUUCAUGGGUUACCUAUCCAUGGCCAUCAAAGGCAUGGGUUUCCUCGUGCUUACCUGGACCACUGUGGUACUUCUCGGCGGCUUCGUCUCUAUGUUGCACAAGAAGGAUUUUUGGUGUUUGACAUUCAUUACCCUUGUACAGACAGCUGGGAUUUUCGAUGUUGUUCUGAAUGAAAAACUACAUUGUAUGAAGAAUUCAGCCAUUGGCAUGAUUAAGGCAGUUUUUUUUGGCAUGACAAAAAACACGAACUCUACUCGGGCAUUUGUUGGACGCUCAGUUUUGGCAUGUAUUUUGAUACUGGUUCAAGUAAUUGUAUUGGCCGCAGCAUUGUGCCCUCUCGCAAUUAUCUACAUGUUUGGGAUAUUGAUGUCUUCAGGGAUUUCAUUGUGGCGUCUGAUAGAGCAUGAUUACUCAGUGGAGGGCUUAAAUGGAGAAUCAUCAAACCUUGAGCCAGCGAUGACCACUCUGUACUAUCUUGCUCUGCUCCAAGGUGUCAUCUUCUGUUACAGAUUUGUGUUGUGUCGCAGUGGGGAGAGGUUGGCUAAGCAAGUGGCAACUAAAUCUCAUGUCUUGGAAUUGCCAGUGGUUCACCACUACCUACACACAAUGAAGACUGGAUGUGAAAAGGACCCAUCAUUUGCAAAAGAAAGGAACCUUGUUACACAUGCUAUUAACUUGAUCGGUUCCAAUUCACCCAUUGACUGCAUUUUAGGGGUGAAGAUCUUGUACACAUCCAUAUGCAUUGUGGAGCGGGACUCAAAGGACAAUGUAAGAGGGCAUCACAUGCUUAUGAAACAUUUAGUUGUGUCUGGAUCCUCAUCCACACAUAUACUCCACAAUCUGCUUGGGAUGCUUGAUUCAAGAGGUACACAUAACAGAGAGAUGAGGGAGCAGGCUGCAAUGAUAGUGGAUCACCUUGCAUUCAACAUCAGUUUGGAGCAAUUCCCUCAUGGUAUUCAGCAAAUAUCUUCCUUGAUUGGGACAUUUGAACAAUAUAGCAUAGCAGAGCCAUUUGAGCGAGACUACCUAUGCGAAAAAUAUCAGCAGGACUUGAAACUACUAGUUACUCAUCAUCUCCCUUUACCAACUGUUGAACUUGGGGAGGCCUACAAGAAGUUGUUACUGAAAGGCCUAUGUAUCCUCCGAAAGCUUGCAACCGACGAAAAAAACUGCAGAGUCAUGAGCAACACCCAAGAUCUGCUCUCCAAGAUCAUGGCACCUAUCACCAAUGACCUACUGAAGCACACAACCGUUGAUCAUGGUCCAUGGUCAGAUGUAGUAGAGGAGUCAAUGGAACUGAUGGUCCAGUUUACAAGUGCUUCGGGGGAAACCGGGGCCAAGUUACGCCGUGAAAUCUCAACCUGUAAAGAAGCAAUAAGGACAUUGCAAAGGAUUCUUAGGUGUAAUGGAUGUAGUGAAGUGUUGCACCAACAAGCCAUCCGUAUUCUCACAAGGUUAUACAUGGAUACUACUCAAGCCAAUAGACCAGUAUGUUCUGUUGUUCUCCAAAAAGAAGAUUUUCUUAGGAUGGUGGACAUGUUCAUGAGUGGUAAGAAGUGUCAUAGGUCCAUUAGAGAAUAUGCAGGAGCAGCAUUGUCAGAGAUAUGUUUCCGUGGCGGAGUUAGUGAUGAUGAUGCCACAGUUGCCAUACUAAAAAGUAAUGAUGUGAUUCAGCGUCUCACCCACAUACUUCUAUAUGAUGAAAAUGAGACAUGCAGAGAAGAAUCAGCUAAAAUACUCAAGCACUUGUGUACUCACCGCACCAAUGACGAAGAAUGUCUUGACAAACUUAAGAAAGCAAUCUUGGAGGUGCUAGAAGCUAUAUGUACUUACAAAGACGAAACACUUGUAGGAAAAGAUUCUGACCAAUGUGGGUUCAACAAAGUAGAAACCGACAUAGAAAGUCAAUACAAUGAUGUCCGAGGAAAAGGAGUUACCUCUUCCUCCUCCUCUUGUCCACAAAAGGAUGAGAACAAGGUCCUUGUAAGCAUGUUUGGUUAUAAAGAUAAAUCAAAUACUGGAAUAGAAUCUGACCAGGGUGGGUUCGGCAUAAGAAUUAGCUCUUCUUCCUCUUCUCAUCCGGAAAACAAUGGGAGAAAGGCAUCCCAGCAACCAGUUCUGUCGGUGACCUUUCUAUCAUCUUUUAUAUCUCUUUGUGGGACGGUCUACGACAUGUUCAUUUGUGAACCAGGUCCAGAUUUGGCUCUUCAAUUCCAUUCAUUUUGCUUUCUAAACAAGCUGAAGGAGAUUGUUGUGAAACAAAGUGAUGUGACGGUUGGAAACCUAUCAUUGUUCAAGGCUAUCGCUAAGAUGGUCAUAUUACUCCUGAAACACAGCGGCAGCAAGAUCGUCUAUCAAGAGGACAUUAAGAGCUUGAUAAAAGCACUCUCCACUGCUUCCAAUAAUAUGUUGUAUCUCGACUACUCCAUGGUUUUCAGCUCCACGAGCAAGUCUGAAUUCAGAUCGAAGCUUGGUGGGUGUACUCUCAUGUCCCUCGUGACAGAAGCGCAAGAACUGAUGAUGUCAUCUACCCCUGUGAGUGGCUGA